CAAAAACACACACACGGAGAGAGAGACACAGAAAGUUAACUAGCAGCACAAACACUAACUCACUGAACUUUAUCUGACACAGAAGAUUACUACUGCUACUACAGCAACUCUCUCAACAACAGAAUAAAGCUAAGGUUCUCAUUCAUCCGCUUUACCGCGGUAUUCCUGACAUCUGAAGUUUUGUGCUGAGCACCAUGGUAACACACAGCAAGUUCGACAUCGCAAUGAGCGGCAGCCCGUUUGACGUGAGCACGCGGCUGCAGCCUCAACGUUACAAGACAUUCAGCUCCAAGCUUCAGUAUCAGAUGGUCCAGCGUGCCGUCCGGAAGCUCCAGGAGAGCGGCUUCUACUGGGGCUCCAUCAGCGGCAAAGAAGCCAAUCACGAGCUGAAUGCCGAACCCAGCGGCACCUUCCUGGUCAGAGACAGCUCGGACAAGCGACACUUUUUCACGCUCAGCGUCAAAACCGAGUCGGGCACGAAGAACCUGAGGGUGCAAUGCGACAACAAGUCCUUCUUCCUCCAGACAGACUCUAAGAGCACACAGUCCGUGCCUCGCUUCGACUGCGUGCUUAAGCUAAUCCAUCACUACAUGCCCUCUUCGAGAAGCAUUCAGUCGAUGGGAAACUCUCAAAGCGCGUACUACAUUUUCUCAGGAGGGGAGAAGAUCCCUCUUGAGCUAUCCAGGCCCUUGCCUUGCACUAUGUCGUCCCUGCAGCAUCUGUGCAGAAAGACUGUGAACGGACAUAUCGACAUUUCCAGUAAAAGAGAUCAGCUGCCCCAACAGCUGAAGGAGUUCUUACAGGAGUAUGACGCUCCUAUCUGAAGAAGCGCUGGGAAUUUGAUGGACGUGCACUGAGAUGUGAAACGUACAGUAGCUAAAGAUGUCAGACAAUAAAGUCAAGGAGAUGCACUGAGAUUUAAGCAAGACGUUGGUGGAGUUAGUGAACGGUUAACUGUGCCAUGUUCAUGUAACUGUGUGUUCACGCCAGCGAAUGGCUCGAUGAAUGGACAUUUGUACUUUUUUUUUUGCCUUUACCGGUGCCAGAAAAACAAACCCCUAACUGCCUCUCUGCACUGCCUCGGAUCUGUUAGUUCAGCCAAGCAGUGAAACAGCAAAGCCAUUUAACAGAAACCAGCCUCCACCUUCUUCCAAGUAAACAAUUGUGCCUUUCAGGGGAAAAAGGAAGAAGUCAGUAACACGCGUAGCACCUUAACAGAGCUGUUGAGAAAUGACAAAACAGUUCAAACAUGCAAAGAAGACGAUGUUGAGAAGGAAACGUAGAGUAUAUUACUGUAUGUAAACAAUCUACUUGAACACUUUAAAUGAAAAUAGCUGUCUGUUUUAUUACUGAAGUGUAUGUGCUUGUGUUUAUAAGGGGCAGUUCAUAAGAGACUGCUUGUAACUGAAUGUAUUAACAUACAUGGGCUUUUUCUUAACACCCGUGUUUCUUCAACAACACAUGGUUUACAUUUAUGUGAAGAUGAAAUUGGAAUUUUAUCUUUUGUCUUGACAUAUUUAUAUUUAUAAAACAUUUCAAUAACUUAUUAAAGAGCACUAUUUUUGUAAAAAUAAAUCCAUGUCCUGGUUUUUUAACUUCUUUAUUUAAGAAAACAAAAUCAUCCUCUGGGCAAAUGUUUGAAAUAGUUAAGAGUUACGACAGGCGUCUGAUUGUGAGCAUCUCUGGGAAGGGUUAAAAUUUAUUCAGAGAUAUUCAUGUUGAACGGGAAUGUUCCUCCCCUCCCUCGCUGCCUCUCGCAGACUCUUCCAGUAAGACUUUACAGAUAUGAGGAUAUGAGGAAACUCAGGAUUACAGUCAACUGUAUUUAUGACUAAAACUAGGGGACGGGCACAAGAUGGGGGGCACCAGUUAAAAAAAAAAUAGACUUAUACAUUCAUUUAUCAUAGCUUCUGUGUAAAUCAACCUCAGACAAAUAAGGCUACUAACCAACAUAACUACAGUGUAUAAUUUCAUAUGUUUUGUUGAAUUCAAAGUUUGAGAUUGUGUUUCAUGGCAUGAAUUGCAAAAAAGUUUGAGAACCACUGAUUUAAUAAAAAACAACUAAAGUCA